AUGGGAGCCAACAAAGAAGUCGUGAGGCUCUCCAUGACUUGCCGGCGCCUUGAAGAGGCAGAGAAGAUGAUCCUAGAAGAUUUUCCGCGCACAGAGUUGCCAGCAGAAGCCGAAAGACUCAAAAGGGCCAAGCAGAAAAUGAUCCAGGACGAAGUGAAAAGUACCGUUCUAACGCACUUCUUGCAUUACGUCAAGUUCAAGGGCCGACGUCAUCUUCGAGAAUCGAGAAGGAACUCACGGAGGUAA